UUCGUUAGGCAUUUCGCGAUUGGCUUCAGUACCAUCUGAGAUCGUGUGAGGUGCGGUCGUGCGCCCGUUUCUACAAAAUACUUCGCGAUUAGUUAAAAGCAUAAAAAGUUAAUUAUUUAAGUGAUAUCUAUGAAGUUUAUUGAAUUGAGAUAUAAUAAUAAAUCAUGAAGGGCCAGGCGAAGCGGUUCGUGAGCCACAAGGGAAAGGCUUACGACUUGGGGUACAAAAAAGAAAAAGAGAGUAUCGGAUUUUUUGAUUUGUGGCGAUAUUCGACAUGGGGCGAGGUAGCGGCCACGUCUCUGGGAGCGUUACUCGCCGUGCUGUGUUCCGGCGGGCUGGUGGCCGCGGUGCUAAUCUACGGCGAGCUAACCGCGCUCUUCAUACAGAGGCACAAGGAGGAGGCACCGCCAUCCAAUGCGCUCAUACUCAGCUGGUUCGGAGGAGCGGAGAGACUGUAAGUGAAGGGGAAAUUAGGAAACAAGUCCCAACACAUGGACGCGCUUGUCCAAGACUCGGUCGCGUUCGCGCUCGCCAGCGUUGCGGUGAUGGCGUGCCAGCUGGUGGCCGCCGCCUGCGCGGUCACGCUCGCCAACUGGGCCGCCUCUAGGAUGAUUAAUCGUCUGAGAUGGAAACUUCUUCGCUCAGUACUCAGUCAGGAGACAGCGUUCUUUGAUACAAACACCACCAUGAACUUUGCCUCAGCACUUACAGAGGACGUGGACAAGCUAAAGCAAGGCGUAGGCGAGCAUGUCUCAAUGGCGGCCUACCUGGGAGGCAGUGUAAUCAUGGCGUCCACAGUAGCUCUACUUCAUGGCUGGCAGUUGACACUGGCCGGACUGGCCGUCGUGCCCAUAGCCCUGGCCGUCUCCGCUACUGUAGCUAGGAACGUAACGCGCUGCUCGUCAGAAGAAGUGGUAUCGUACGGCACGGCGGGGCGUGUCGUAGAGCAGGCGCUGUCUGCCAUCAGGACGGUGCGGGCCUACGCGGGGGAGGACGUCGAGGUCUCCAAGUACUCGCAGGCGCUGCAGGGCGCGGGCGCGGCGGCGCGGCGGCGCUGCCUGUGGGCGGGCGCGGGCGCGGGGCUGGGCUGGCUGCUCACCUACAGCCUCAACGCCGUGGUGUUCGCGUACGGCGCCGUACUCUGCGUGCGUGACAUGCCGCUGCCGGUGGAGGAGCGCCUCUACCACCCCGGGGUCAUGGUCACGGUACUCUUUUGCUCGUUUAUGGCAGCCCAAAAUAUAGCAAUGUGCAACCCACAUCUUGAAAUAUUCUCAACGGCUCGGGGCGCGGCCAAGUCACUGUUCAAACUACUAGAGAGACAGUCAAAAAUCAACGCCCUACAGGACGUAGGACACAAGCCUGACCGGUUCAGAGGGGAUAUUAUAUUUGAUAACUUAUAUUUCAACUACCCUUCAAGAUCAGAUGUCAAGGUCCUCCGCGGCCUCAGCCUGAAGGUGAACGCGGGCGAGACGGUGGCGCUCGUGGGCGGCUCGGGCUGCGGCAAGUCCACGCUGCUGCAGCUGCUGCAGCGCGCCUACGAGCCCGACAGCGGCGGCGUCUCCGUGGACGGACACCGGCUCACGGCUCUGCACUUGCAGCACUUCAGGCGGAGUAUUGGUGUGGUGGGUCAAGAGCCAGUCCUGUUCAGCGGCACCAUCAGAGAGAACAUCAUGCUAGGAAUGGAGAACGCGACCGAGCAGGAGAUGAUCGAGGCAGCUAAAACGGCGCACGCGCAUCAUUUCAUCGUUAAGCUUGUCAAUGGCUACGACACGACCCUGGGCGAGAAGGGCGCCCAGCUGUCCGGAGGACAGAAGCAGCGCGUGGCCAUCGCGCGAGCCCUGCUGCGGAAGCCCGCCAUCCUGCUGCUGGACGAGCCCACGUCGGCGCUGGACCCCGCCUCCGAGCGACAGGUUCAAGCCGCACUAGACGCCGCCAGUCAAGGAAGGACUACUCUAGUCGUUUCACACAGGUUAUCAACAAUCGUAAACGCCUCGAGGAUAGUUUAUAUUGAACAAGGAGCAGUCUUAGAGCAAGGCACGCACCAGGAGUUGCUCGAGAGAAAGGGCGCGUACUGGCAGCUGCUGCAGGACGAUAUGACUCACAAGAGUAUAACGGCAUCUUUACCGGAGUCAGCGGACGAAGACGACGAGGCUUCGAAGGCGGAGUCAGACAGGAGACCGAGCUGUCUGCGGCGGAACAGCAGCGUCCACUCCACUGGCAGAGAAGCGUUCAGAAGGGACAGCUUCGUGCGCGGCAGCAGACGCGUGGGCUCCAUGGCUCCGGAGAUCGCCUCCUCUCCGAUGGCUGACGAAGAAGAAAGCAGUGAAAAAGAGACCAGUGUGUCGACUUGGCAACUCUUAAAGCUGAACAGCAAGGAGUGGCCGCUGCUGCUGGGAGGCGGAAUGGCGUCGCUGCUGAUCGGAGCCACCAUGCCCAUCUUCGCUCUGCUGUUCUCCAAGCUAUACGGGAUGUUCUCGCUGCCCGACCACGAGGAGAUCCUGCGCCAGUCGCGGGUGUACGCGGGCCUGUUCGCGGGCGCGGCCGCGCUCAGCGGGGCGGUGACCUUCCUGCAGGCCUGGCUGUUCGGGCUGGCGGGCGCGCGCCUCACCGACCGCCUGCGCGUGCGCACCUUCCGGAACUACCUCGUGCAGGAGCAGGGCUGGUUCGACGUCCCCGCCAACUCGGUGGGCGCGCUGUGCGCCCGCCUGGCGUCCGACUGCGCCGCCGUGCAGGGAGCUACUGGAACUCGCCUGGGCACCAUGCUGCAAGGCGUCAGCACGAUGGUGCUGGGCGUGGGGCUCGCCCUCGCCUACUCCUGGAAAAUGACUCUCGUCAGCUUAUUGAGCGUGCCCUGCGUCAUCGGCGGAAUAUGCUUGGAAGGCUGGAUAACGAAGAAGUCGGAAGUGAAGGAACAGCGCGCGUUGGAAAGCGCCUCGAAACUCGCCACCGAAGCCGUUCUCAACGUUCGCACUGUGCAUAGCUUAGGGGUGGAGCAGGCGGUGCUGCGGCGCUACAGCGCGGCGCUGAGCGCGGCGGGGCGCGCGGCGCCGGCGCGCUGGGUGCGCGGCCCGGUGUACGGGCUGUGCCUGUGCGCGCCCACGCUGGGCUACGCCGUGUCGCUGGCCUACGGCGGCUACCUCGUGGCCCGCGAGGGGCUCAGCUACGAGUACGCCAUCCUAGUAUCAGAGGCGCUAAUCUACGGCGCAUGGAUGCUGGCCGAGGCUCUGUCGUUCGCGCCGAACUUCGCAGCGGCUCGUCGGUCCGGGGCUCGGAUCGUAAGAGCUCUGCGGAGACAACCACUCGUACGUGAUGAGGACACCGCUGUCGUUGACCCUAACUGGGUCGCAACGGGUAAGAUAGAGUUCGAAAACAUCCACUUCCGCUACCCCACCCGAGCCAACGUACCCGUCCUGAACGGCCUGUCUCUGACCGUGGAGCCCGGCCGGACCGUGGCGCUGGUGGGGCCCUCGGGGUGCGGCAAGUCCACCCUCAUGCAUCUGUUGCUGAGGAACUAUGACCCGCAGCAAGGGGUCGUGAAGCUGGACGGGCGCGACAUCCGGCGCGAUUUGCCGCUGGCGGCGCUGCGCGCGCAGCUGGGCCUGGUGCAGCAGGAGCCCGUGCUGUUCGAGCGCUCCGUGCGCGACAACAUCGCCUACGGCGCCGCCGCCCGCGCCGACGACGGCGCGCUGCUGGACGCCGCGCGCCGCGCCAACGUGCACGCCUUCGUGGCCGGCCUGCCGCUGGGCUACGACACAGUGCUGGAGGCGGGCAGUGCGGCGCUGUCGGGCGGGCAGAAGCAACGCGUGGCCAUCGCCCGCGCGCUGCUGAGGAACCCGCGGGUGCUGCUGCUGGACGAGGCCACGUCCGCACUGGACGCCGCCAGCGAGAAGGCGGUGCAGGCGGCGCUGGAGGAGGCGAGCCGCGGCCGCACCACCGUCGUCAUCGCGCACCGCCUCGCCACCGUGCGCCGCGCCCACACCAUCUGCGUCGUGGACCGAGGUGUUAUAGCAGAAAGCGGCUCUCACGAAGAGUUAGUUCGUAAGCGAGGCUUGUACUGGGAGCUGCUGCAGCAGCAAGGGCCGGUCGACGCGAGCUCGUAACUUGACAGUUGACUUGUAAUCAAUUCUAUCCAUGAGUUAUGUCAAAUAAUUCCACGAUAGACAACUUUACAUUAUUGUACUAACAUUAUGAUUUUUUUUAAAUAUGACACUUACAAAUUGUUUGUAUAUUCCUACUUGGGGUUACUCUCAGUAAUUUUAAUGUGACGUCACAAAACUCAUGUUUUCUCGUCACGAUUUCACAGUUUGCAACUUCCUCCAACCCCUAAACGUGAUGUUGUUUGUGGAUUACUAGUUAAAUAUCGUUACUAUCUGUAGUAUAUUUAAUAAUAUUUAAAAUAUUGACAGUACGAAAUCGUAUUAUCAAUUUUUGUGCAUAUUUUAAAAUCGUACGUAGCCAUUUUGUUUUAUUGUUGACGACGUUUUGUAUGUUAACGUACAAAAUGAAUCAAAUACUUUUGUAUCAUAAUGGGAAAGACAAAGGCCAACGCCAUAACGCCAUAGAGCCAUGUCUCGCUUCGUUUUGAUACUUUAAAAAAAUAGAAAACUCUUAAAAAUAUAAUAAUGGCGUCAAAAAAUUCCUAACACUCAUUAUUAUGCAUUUUAAUUUUAAGUCAAAUGUAAGCUAUCUCUGGUUAAGAGUUCUUUGUCGAGAGUUUUAUAUUUAUAAGUGAAAUUUGUGUUCAUUGAUAGUUUAUGAGUGUACAUUUCAAAUUUUUAUGACUUUUGCCACUCAAAUAACUCAGAAUAUGUGUUUCAGAAAUACGGUUAUAAACAUAUCUGCAUUUCUGAAAAUUGAUAUAACAUAGAUUGAUAUACUUUAUUAUUAUGUUUUAAUAAUACAGGAUAUUUUGGUUUCAUAAUGCAGUUAUGACAAUGCAUUUUUUACUUCAUUUUUUUGUACAUAGAUGUUAAGUACUCUCCGCGUUUACACUGUGGUUAAUCUUGUCAUUAAUUAGGAAAAAAUAUUAUAAAUCCAUCUAAUCAAUUCUUUCAUAUUUUACAUUGAUUAAAAGUACGUGACUCAAAAAAAAAUAUUAAAUUUUUAAGAUGUUUGUUAAAAACAUAAAAAUUUAAUAUAAAGUUUGUUUGUGUAAUGCGUGUGUGGAAAAUAGAAUACUUUAUGGUUUUAAAAAAUAUAAACAUUUUGAAUAUAUUUUGAAAUGUAAAAAGUGCCCUAUUUUUGCAAUUAUAGAAUGUAAUGGUUUUAAUUUAAAAUACUUAAAAAUCAAUAAACUGUUUAUGACUUACUAAGGCCGUGUUCCUAUACUAUAACCAUUCGUUUUGUUCAUGUUCGUUAAUGAAACGAAAGGUUUUGUGAACAUAGGACCGGCCUUACUUGACAUCUCGAGUCUAACGUCAUGUCAAAAGGUGACAUACAGAACAAGAUGGCGACGAUUCUAGGUGUCAAUAUUUAUUCUAUUUUUAACUAUUAUUCCUAGAUAUAAGAUCGACUGUGAUUUUAAAUUUAAUUUUAAGUACUCAAGAUGAGUUUUUUAAUGUACAAUUUGACAUCAUAACAAUGUGAUAAAAUAAUCGUAAUUACAGAAAUAAAAAUAAGUACACUAA